AUGCGACAAGCAACAAGCAAGUGGGGUGUGGAUGUGCUUCAUCAGGGGCGGCACGAGCUGUGGAGGGGAGUAUCGGCAGACCACAAGCAGAUUAUCCGCAGUUUCAUGAUCCACUUUCACACCGCCGUCCUCACAGCCGCUUCAGAGCAGCCAGGCCCAAACGGAGAGGCCGUCAAGGCGUUUUGCUUCCAUCGCGGUAGUGUCGGUAACUUCUUCUUCUCCGGCUGCCGCAAGUUCUUCAACUCUCUCUCCGCUGCCAUCACUUUGUGGUCCUCGCUGGUGGGGAUCCCGCACGAGACGGCGGUGCUGCCCAUCAUCAACAGCAAUCACACCGUCACCAUCGGCGCACAGCUCGAGGACGGCUCAAAGAUCUUUGGACAGAACCAGAUCAGCCACCCCGGCGAUGUGGUGGACAAGCAGCACCAAGGGCAGCAGCCGUUGCCUGCACGCAUCCGCCGCCUCUUCUACCUGAACGACUGGCGCCAGGAGAUUGAAUUCCACGCCGACCCCUCCGUCCUCUCCACCCUCUCACACGCCGCCAUGGUUGUGUACAGCAUGGGGUCCCUGUACACGUCCAUAUGCGCAUCGCUGGCUACGAAGGGCGUCGGCGACCACAUUGCCACCCUGGCCUGCCCAAAGGUGCUCAUCCUGAAUGGGACGGUUGACCGGGAGACGCACGGCAUGACGGCGAUGGACUUUGUGUGGGCGAUUGUGCACGCGUGUGUCGGCUCCUCGCGCCACAACGCCAACCAGCGCACAGCGAAGCAGGACGACGCAGCCCUCGUCUCCCAGUUUGUCACACAUGUGCUGUAUCUGACGACGUCGGAGGUGCCCAUGGACGGUGGCAGGUUGGAGGAGCUUGGGCUGCGGGUGAUCCCCAUAUCGGAGCAUGCAGCGUCGAAUCCGCAGCACUACCGCACGCGCGCGCUCGUCAGCGCCAUCCUGGACAUCCUGCCGCCGGAUCGCGGCAGUUCAUGACGUGGCUGUGGCUCAUGCGCUGUUGUGGCGUCGAACACACUCCAAGCGUUCACGUCGCGCUGGCUUGCACGGCAUCUCCAACCGCCGCCGUGCUGGUUCUCGGCGCUCUCUUGCCCGUGUUACCCUCGUGUAUCAGCAACCCACAUAAGUGAACGCAAACCAAGCACA